UAGAAACUUGGUCGUGUGUCUACCCAUGUGGCAAAUGGACUUUGACAGCUGUCUUGGGGACAGACACGUACUGCUGAAGCCAAGCUGAGAGAGCUGGAGUUGGUGGUCUAAUUUCUAACAAAGGAAACUGAAGAAAUUUAGAGAUUGAAAAAAAAUCUAAAUAAAAAAAGGUCUGACAAAAAGCCCCGAAUGGACUCACGGAUGCCACCACGACAGGCCCAGGGACAAGGGAGGCAUGCGGCCUGGUUUGAAGGAUAUGGAAGGGGCCCAUGGAGGGAAGUCUACCAUGGCCCUCCACCUCCCCAUUUCAGGCACAAUGAAUACCAUCCUGAAUUCCAAGUAGGACCUCAGCCUUGGCUAGAUACUCAGAUAGAACACCACCAUCCCAUCCAUCAUCCAAGGCUCCAGAACCAUAUGAGGCCAAACUCCAGGGCAGAGUAUUAUAAAAGCAGCUAUUCUGACUGGUCUUACACAAGGCAAGGAUAUGAAGAGCUGCACCGAGGCUUUGUGGAGGACCAUGGAGUGUACCAAAGAUUCACCCAAGUACAUCCAAGCAAAAGAGAUCCAAGAUGGAGAGAUAAAAGGAAUGAAAGUGCAAAUUCCUGGAACCAAAAUUACUAUAGAGAUUACCAGCCUAAGGAUGGCACCGGCUCUUUGGGGUACUAUGAUGCUGUACUAACUCAAUCUAAGAAGCAGGAUUCCUAUGAAGAUAGCUAUGCUUCAAAGAAAAAUACUUCCUAUGAUAUCAACUACUGUUCUCCUCUGCUGCAAGGACAAACUUGGGAUGAAUUCCAAGAUAACUCUUUGAAGAAUGCCACUGUUCCAGCCCAUGAGCUUUCAUUGCCUGAGUGGCCAACCCCCCUCCAACAGUACAAGGAAUCUGGCCUCAGUUCCAGCAGUUGUGAGCUUAGGCAAUAUAUGGAAAAUUCCUCCAACCCCUAUGAAGCUGCUAUCUCCAAGGAUUGGAGCCCAGUUCAGUUAGCAGAAGACUUCCAAGCUAUGUCUAACCAUGUGGCCUCCCAAAAAUUUACCCUCCCUCAUGUACCUCUGUGUUUUGGAGCUGGAGGGCAGCUGGUCCGAGGAUGUCCAAAUGAUCCAGUGGAUGGACAACCUGCCCUUGUUGAGAUACAUAGCCUUGAGAUUAUUCUACAUGACACUGCUGAGCAGGAAACAAUGAGAAUCUUCCCAGGACCUCUGAUCAGGGAAGAUCUGCACAAGGUGGAUGUGAUGACAUUCUGUCAGCGCAAAGCAGCCACAGGCUGUGACCUGACAUCUAAGCAAGGCCGAGAUUCUGCCUUGCUUUGGAAACUCCUCCUUGUCCUCUGCCGACAGAAUGGAUCCAUGGUGGGAUCAGAUACAGCUGAGCUGCUGGUGCAAGAUUGCAAGUUCCAGGAAAAGUACAAAAGACAGGAACCACGGGUGAACCUGAUCAACCUGACAGAUGAAGAAUGGCCAGUGCCCGGCUGUGGAACCAUGGACCUUCUCACCGGGGAGAUUGUCCCAAGUGCUGGCACCCCCCAGCAGCAAAUAGAGAAGUUCACCAAGCUCCUUUUCUAUGGCAGAAAGAAAGAAGCCCUGGACUGGGCUAUGAGAAACCAGCUGUGGGGCCAUGCACUCUUUCUAUCAAGCAAGAUGAACCCGAGGACUUACAGCUGGGUCCUGAGUGGGUUCACAAGCACGCUGGCCUCCAAUGAUCCUCUGCAGACACUUUUCCAGCUCAUGUCUGGAAGGAUACCGAAAGCAUCUUUGUGCUGUGGAGAUGAGAAGUGGGGUGACUGGAGGCCACACCUGGCUGUCAUGCUGUCUAAUCAAGUAGGAGACCUGGGCCUGAAUUCCAGAGCUAUCAUCACCAUGGGAGAUACGUUGGCUGGGAAAGGGUUAAUAGAAGCUGCUCACUUCUGCUACCUGAUGGCAAAUGUGCCUUUUGGCCAUUAUCAAGUUCAAACAGAUUAUAUGGUGCUGCUGGGAAGUAGUCAGAGCCAGACAUUUUCCCAGUUUGCAAGGACAGAGUGUAUUCACAGAACGGAGAUCCUUGAGUACUGUCGGUUGCUGGGGUGUCCCCAAGCUUUCAUCCCUUCAUUCCAGGUAUAUAAACUGAUCUAUGCAUCUCGUCUGGUAGACUAUGGUCUCACUGCCCAGGCCUUGCAUUAUUGUGAAGGGGCUGGAAUGGCACUUCUUGCCCAGAGUCAGAACACUUAUCCUGUCCUCCUAGAGCAAGUUUUCAAGCUGGCAGAACGAUUGAAAUUCUCUGACCCUCGGUUCCUGGAGAAGGCAGAGUAUGAGGUGGAUUUGGAACCAGAUUGGCUCACUGAACUCAGAACCCGGUAUCGACAGUGGGAGGAUGAAAGAAGGCUUCCCAACAAUGCAACCACCCAGCCAGAGGUUUUCAGAGGCAGUGGAUCAAUAUCAGGUUUGGCUCCUCAUUUUGAGUUUGCACAAGCUCAGGUGUGCUGGGAGAAUCUAGAGCACCAUCCUUGUAGCCACCUGCCACCUGUUGAUUCAACUCAGCACCAACCAGAUGUGGAUCAGCAGCUGCAUAUCUAUCCUGGACAUGGACAUCCAUCAGACAGGACAGAUGCUAGUUUAGAGACUAGUUUAGCAGGAAAUGACCAAGGUUCCAUUUUGUCUUCAGGAAGUCUUUCAAGUGAUCUUUCCUCACAUCUGAACCAGCCAGCAGGGGAGACUCUGGACUCUUGUGGGCUGGGACACUUUCCUGGUUAUCUGAAGAAGCACAUUCCAGAACAUCAGACCACUUUCAAUGCACGGACCCGGACCAUCUCUGAGAGUUCCACAAUAUCCAUGGCAGAAGAUACCCCUCAGUCCCCAGAAGGUGCAUGGGAUGAAGCCUCAUCGGAGAAGAAAUUAGUGGAGAAUGCAAGGCAAGAGGUAGCAAAGACUUCUGGUUUUGGCUGGCUCCGUUGGUUCCGGUCCAAGGCAAAUAAAGAUGGUGCAUCAUCUGAAAAAGUUCCAGCUGCUUCUUUGGACUCGACUGCUCCAGUUUCCCAGGAGAAAACCACCCAGUCCAAUUUUAUUUCAUCCAUGAAUAAGGCAAAGGCUACAUCACUUCAUUGCCCUCCUCCUCUUCCUCUCACAGAAGGCAACCAUUUUUCCAAGAGAUCUCCAGAAGCCCAAAAUCCACAAGGCCACAACAGCAUGGAAGCAGCCAUAGUUUCAGAUGCUGAUAAAAAGAUUAGUUCCUUCAGACAUCAGUACAACCCUGAUGAUGUGCCUCUAUCCCCCACAGAAGGGACAGUUCCAUUGUUCAAUCCUGCUCAGGUCAUCACACCAGCAGCCUCUGGCACUGGGCAUCUGCAACAGAGUUUUCAGAAAUACUACCCACAUCCUCUGCAAUACAAAUAAUCCAGGAUACUUCUGUGACUGUCCCUCUGAUCAGAAGCCAUUUCCUUACCAAAAGACAGCAAUUCUAUGAUCUCUUUGCUACCCUUCUUGUUUCCUGGCAUUGGAGCUUGUUAUCAAAAGGAUAAUGGCACGAAUGUGAGCCGAUGGAUAUGCCUCUUCCACUUUUAUUUGCUUGGUACUUUUUAAAACACAGUUUUACAGCAGAUGGUGUGGAGACAAACAUAAAAUAAAAAGGGAAGACCCCCUUAUUUUCUGUUCUGCAAAGAACUAAGAGGGGAACUAAUCAAUACUCUACAUUGCUGCGUAAUACAGAUAUUCAUAAUCUGUUGCUCAGCUGGCUGGAAAUUGUAGUCCAAACAUAUCUGGAGGGUACCAAGUUGGGAAAGAACAGCAAACUUCUUUUUUGAAUAAAUGUGGAUAGGAUCUCUCAUAUAUUUGCUUGAGAAUAAAUCUUACUGAGAUCAGUGUAAUUUUUGGGUAAAUUAAAUUAUGCUGCUAUGUAUUGAAGAAGAAGAACAUGUACUUAAACAGAGUUAUUUGGGAAUAAAUCUCAUUAUUUUAUUUGUGCAUUAAAAUUUUAAGAAGUUUUGUAACAUACUCAGGGAUAGGGUUAGGGCCUUUGGUUCUAGCCUGUUAUUGAUAUGAAGACUCUGCUUCCUAGAGCAGGAUUCUCAAACUUACAAACUCCCUUCCCCCCAAAAAAGUUGUUUAAUGCAGUGAACAAGAUUAGUUUCUAGAUGUUAAUCUUGAAAUAAUUUUAUAUAUCAUCCCCGUAAUAAAACCAAAUACUGGUGUUCUGGUUAAUGAAAAAUGCUGCCAGUUAAGUGGCCAAAGUGAAAUGGCUUUGUUUUGCAAUAAAUGUUUU